GCAAAGCCUGUGGGUUAGGUUGUGAGGCUCCGGCGGGGGCGGGGAGGAGCCGAGGGGGUUCAGAAAAAGCUCAGCCGCCGGGUGGGUCGGGGCGUUCGGCGCGCCCUUCACUGAAGCGGCGGUGGCCGGGCUGGGCGCCGGGAGUGGGAAGCGACGGCGCGGCUGGAAAAUGCCAGUCCAUUCCCGAGGGGAUAAGAAGGAGACGAACCAUCACGAUGAGAUGGAGGUGGACUACGCCGAAAACGAGGGGAGCAGCUCCGAGGACGAGGACACCGAGAGCUCGUCGGUCUCCGAGGAUGGAGAUAGCUCAGAAAUGGAUGAUGAAGACUGUGAAAGAAGAAGAAUGGAAUGUUUAGAUGAAAUGUCCAAUCUUGAAAAACAGUUUACCGAUCUCAAGGAUCAACUUUAUAAAGAACGAUUAAGUCAGGUGGAUGCAAAACUACAAGAAGUCAUAGCUGGAAAAGCACCAGAAUAUUUGGAACCACUGGCAACUUUACAAGAAAAUAUGCAAAUUCGUACAAAGGUAGCAGGAAUCUAUAGAGAGCUCUGCUUAGAAUCUGUAAAGAACAAAUAUGAAUGUGAAAUUCAAGCUUCUCGCCAGCAUUGUGAGAGUGAAAAGCUUUUGUUAUAUGAUACAGUGCAGAGUGAACUAGAGGAGAAGAUAAGAAGGCUUGAAGAGGACAGGCACAGCAUUGAUAUUACCUCAGAGCUGUGGAACGAUGAGCUUCAGUCAAGAAAAAAGAGGAAGGACCCUUUCAGUCCUGACAAAAAGAAGCCAGUUGUGGUUUCAGGGCCGUAUAUAGUUUAUAUGCUACAAGAUCUUGAUAUUCUUGAAGACUGGACAACAAUAAGGAAGGCAAUGGCUACACUGGGUCCACACAGAGUGAAAACAGAACCACCUGUGAAACUGGAAAAACACCUGCACAGUGCUAGAUCUGAAGAGGGAAGAUUGUAUUAUGAUGGUGAAUGGUAUAUACGUGGACAGACAAUAUGUAUUGACAAAAAAGAUGAAUGUCCUACAAGUGCUGUAAUUACAACAAUUAACCAUGAUGAAGUUUGGUUUAAGAGGCCUGAUGGAAGCAAAUCUAAGCUUUACAUUUCACAGCUACAGAAAGGAAAAUAUUCAAUUAAACAUUCGUAAUCAUGAUUUAAGUGUUA